AUGAAGGAGUUCGAGAUGAGUGAUCUCGGGCUACUCUCGUACUAUCUUGGUAUCGAGGUGAACCAUAAGAAAUAUAGCAUCGAGGUGAAGCAAAAAGCUUAUGCGAAGAAGGUGUUGAAACAAUUUGUAAUGGAGGAUUGUAACUUGAACAAGUAUCCUAUGGAAGCAAAGUUGCAGCUCGGAAAGGAUGUGGAAGGAAGCUUAGUAGAUCCAAAGGAGUAUAGGCGUAUCAUCGGGUGUCUCAGGUACUUGACACACACUCGACCCGAUAUCUCUUAUGUAGUUGGCAUAGUGAGUCGAUAUAUGGAGAAGCCUACCACUCUAAACCAAUAG